CAAACAAAAACACCCAACCCAAACCAAACCAAAAAACCCCUAACAUUUGCAAAUAGAAAGCUAUCUGGUAAUCAUAACAUCCAUUAACUUGAUACAUCUUGUUUUGACAUCAUAGUAUCACUUACUGUUUCAAUAAUAUCGUAAUAAAAGAAUAUAAUAAAGUAUUGCAAGUUGAACGCUUGAAGGUAAUUGGAAUAAAAAGUUAAAAAAAAAUUUGCUUUUUCCGGGACUUCAAUUUGAAAUAAAUGAGUUAAUUAUUACAUGGUAAGUGUCAUAAGAGUACAAUUUGUAUGGGCCUGCAGUAGGUACACGUGGACAGGAAGACUUUUCAGCGGUCCACUCCCCCGAGACUGAAUUUUCAUUUCCGCGAGGUUAUAAAUAUGUUCUUCACUAUAGGAAAACAACAUAGAAGCUCAUGUUCUGGGGACUCAAAUAGCAGUCGUAAUACAUGAAAACUGUAAAGCAUAUUCUGCAUAAAGGGUCGUUAACAUCUCACAAGCCAAACAGCCCUCUCAGAAACAACUCUGAAAGGAAAAGAUUCCCUUGGAGCUGUGCGUUUGCGUAUGUUCGUGUGUGUAUACAACAGAGGGAGAACGAAUACGAGAGAGGGAACUCGAGUCUGAAGUACUGUGGUGUGGGCAGCGUGCCGUGUAAUACUGAAGGAAAGAAGUCUGCUGGUGGAGAAAGAGCCACAGUUAAUUUUCCAAAAGGAAGAUGAGUAAGUGCACCUGACGUUACUCUACGAAAGCUGCUUCUGCAGGGUGGGAGUGUUCGGAAGCAAGGUCUAGUGCGACAGAAUUAAAAAGGUAGAGAGCAGGUGAUCGCUGGAUCCCUAAUGCUCAGCAAGGGGGACGCCUCCACAUAACGUGAGAACGAAUGAAUGAAUGAACGCGACAUAAAAGCAGCUUUGGCUUGGAGAAGACUGGUCAAACAAAUGGAUUUUACAGAGGCUUAUGCGGACACGUGCUCUACGGUUGGACUUGCUGCCAGGGAAGGCAAUGUUAAAGUCUUAAGGAAACUGCUCAAAAAGGGCCGAAGUGUCGAUGUUGCUGAUAACAGGGGAUGGAUGCCAAUUCAUGAAGCAGCUUAUCACAACUCUGUAGAAUGUUUGCAGAUGUUAAUUAAUGCAGAUUCAUCUGAAAACUACAUUAAGAUGAAGACCUUUGAAGGUUUCUGUGCUUUACAUCUCGCUGCAAGUCAAGGACAUUGGAAAAUCGUACAGAUUCUUUUAGAAGCUGGGGCAGAUCCUAAUGCAACUACUUUAGAAGAAACGACACCAUUGUUUUUAGCUGUUGAAAAUGGACAGAUAGAUGUAUUAAAGCUGUUGCUUCAACAUGGAGCAAAUGUUAAUGGAUCCCAUUCUAUGUGUGGAUGGAACUCCUUGCACCAGGCUUCUUUUCAGGAAAAUGCUGAGAUCAUAAAAUUGCUUCUUAAAAAAGGAGCAAACGAGGAAUGCCAGGAUGACUUUGGAAUCACACCUUUAUUUGUGGCUGCUCAAUAUGGCAAGCUAGAAAGCUUGAGCAUACUUAUUUCAUCUGGUGCAAAUGUCAAUUGUCAAGCCUUGGACAAAGCUACUCCCUUGUUCAUUGCUGCUCAAGAGGGACACACAAAAUGUGUGGAGCUUUUGCUCUCCAGUGGGGCAGAUCCUGAUCUUUACUGUAAUGAGGACAAUUGGCAGUUACCUAUUCAUGCAGCUGCACAAAUGGGCCAUACAAAAAUCUUGGACUUAUUAAUACCACUUACUAACCGGGCCUGUGACACUGAGCUGAACAAAGUAAGCCCUGUUUACUCAGCAGUGUUUGGGGGACAUGAAGAUUGCCUAGAAAUAUUACUCCGGAAUGGCUACAGCCCAGACGCCCAGGCGUGCCUUGUCUUUGGAUUCAGUUCUCCCGUGUGCAUGGCUUUCCAAAAGGAGUGGAGCUGUGAGUUCUUUGGAAUUGUGAACAUUCUUUUGAAAUAUGGAGCCCGGAUAAAUGAACUUCAUUUGGCAUACUGCCUGAAGUACGAGAAGUUUUCGAUAUUUCGCUACUUUUUGAGGAAAGGUUGCUCAUUGGGACCAUGGAACCAUAUAUAUGAAUUUGUAAAUCAUGCAAUUAAAGCACAAGCAAAAUAUAAGGAAUGGUUACCACAUCUUCUGGUUGCUGGAUUUGACCCACAGAUUCUACUGUGUAGUUCUUGGAUCGACUCAGUCAGCAUUGACACCCUUACCUUCACUUUGGAGUUUACUAAUUGGAAGACACUUCCGCCAGCUGUUGAAAGGAUGCUCUCUGCUCGUGCCUCAAACGCUUGGAUUCUACAGCAACAUAUUGCCACUAUUCCAUCCCUGACCCAUCUUUGUCGUUUGGAAAUUCGGUCCAGUCUAAAAUCGGAACGUCUGCGGUCUGACAGUUAUAUUAGUGAGUUGCCGCUUCCCAGAAGCCUACAUAAUUAUUUGCUCUAUGAAGAUGUUCUGAGGAUGUAUGAGGUUCCGGAACUGGCAGCUAUUCAAGAUGGAUAAAUCUGUGAAACUACUUAUCACAGCUCAUUUUUUCCUCUGAAAAACCAUCGAGACAAAAGAGCCAUGGAGUACAAGGUUUUAUGAUUUUAUAGUCAAAAGAUGAUUAUUGUUUGUGAGAUAGGUUAGGUUUUGGGGGGCUAGUAGUUUAAUGUGAAUGUUUAUGUUUACAACUAGCCUUCCCAGUAAAAAAAAAAAAAAAAAAAAAAGAAAGAAAGAAAAGUAAAUCUCACUUAUAUUACUUUAUUGCAGCUUCAUCACCAGUACAUUAUAUGUUGUAAUAUUUAUUUACCUGACCAUUUUCCGCUUUAUUUUGCUAAUAAACUGUGAUGUUGCUUCUAGUGCUAAACAUGGCAUAUUUCCACCUAUGAUUCAUGUUUACCUGGUGCUAGGAGCUCAGAAUGGAAUGCAUAAAGCUUCACUGGAAGUGUAUACAACUGUGGUGUAGAAUCUGUUGUUGUUAUUAUUUUACUUAGACUUGAAGAUGUCUUAUGUUUAUUAAAGAACACGUUUUCCUAUUUUA